GGUGAAGGAUGCAUGAUGACUCCAUGCAGAGUGAAACAGGUGUACUGUCUCUUUAAGAGAGUUCAGCUCUCGGCUUUGCAGCUAGCUUCACACUACCUGCUGUUUUCCAACAAGAUGGCCGUCGCUCCUGAGAGUAGAAUCCUCACUUUCAGCGUUUUUAAAUGGAGUUCAUACUCCUCCACAUAUUUACCCGAGAAUAUCUUGGUGGAUAAACCUAAUGAUCAGUCUUCCAGAUGGUCUUCUGAGAGUAACUACCCUCCUCAGUUUUUAAUCCUGAAACUGGAAAGGCCAGCAAUCGUUCAGAGCAUCACCUUUGGGAAAUAUGAAAAGACUCAUGUCUGCAACCUGAAGAAGUUCAAAGUGUUUGGUGGGAUGAGUGAAGAGAACAUGACAGAGCUUUUAUCCAGUGGCCUUAAGAAUGACUACAACAAAGAGACAUUCACAUUAAAGCACAAGAUUGACGAGCAGAUGUUCCCCUGCAGAUUUGUAAAAAUAGUGCCUCUGAUGUCCUGGGGUCCAAGUUUUAACUUCAGCAUCUGGUACAUUGAACUUCAUGGGAUUGAAGACCCUGAUGUGGUGCAGCCCUGCCUUAACUGGUACAGCAAGUACAGAGAACAGGAAGCCAUCCGGCUUUGCCUCAAACACUUCAGGCAGCACAACUACACCGAGGCCUUCGAGUCGCUGCAGAAGAAGACCCGGAUAGCUCUGGAGCACCCGAUGCUCACUCAUCUCCACGAUCGACUGGUCUUACAGGGAGACUUUGAUGCCUGCGAGGAGCUCAUAGAUAAAGCUGUGAGAGAUGGCUUGUUUAAUCAGUACAUCAGCCAGCAGGAGUACAAGCCUCGAUGGAGUCAGAUCAUCCCAAAGUGUAACAAAGGGACAAGCAGCCAAGAAAUCAGCCGAGACGACGUGAACAGUGAUGGUGACGACAACAGGCCAGGGAUGAGGGGAGGACAUCAAAUGGUCAUUGACGUGCAGACUGAAACCGUGUACCUGUUCGGUGGCUGGGAUGGCACACAGGAUCUGGCAGACUUCUGGGCUUACAGCGUUCAGGAGAACCAGUGGGCGUGCAUCUCCAGGGACACAGAAAAAGAGAACGGUCCAAGUGCUCGCUCGUGCCACAAGAUGUGCAUCGACUCCCAGCGGCGUCAGAUUUACACGCUCGGCCGCUACCUGGAUUCCAGUGUUAGGAACAGCAAGUCUUUAAAGAGCGACUUCUACCGCUACGACAUUGAUGCUAACACCUGGACUCUUCUCAGCGAGGACACGUCAGCUGAUGGAGGACCAAAGCUGGUGUUUGACCACCAGAUGUGCAUGGACUCUGAAAAGCACAUGAUCUACACGUUUGGCGGCCGCAUCCUUACCUGUAACGGCAGUGUGGAGGACAGCCGGACGUCAGAGCCCCAGUUCAGCGGCCUGUACGCCUUCCACUGCCAGGCGGGGACGUGGAGCCUCCUGCGGGAGGACUCGUGUAACGCCGGGCCAGAGGACGUCCAGUCUCGCAUUGGACACUGCAUGCUCUUCCACACCAAGAACCGCUGUCUGUAUGUGUUUGGGGGUCAGAGGUCAAAGACAUACCUGAAUGAUUUCUUCAGUUAUGACGUGGAUGGAGACCACGUAGAGAUCAUAUCUGAUGGCACUAAAAAGGACUCUGGGAUGGGUAAGAAGACAUUUUAACAACUUGAUUUAGAAUAAUUUCAAACUUCAUCUGUUUUGUCAUUAUAGAAACUCUACAGAAUGGGAGUGGAGGCUGAGUGGGGUUAGGGCUUAAAUUAGUUAUAGAUGGGUUUAAUUGCACAGCUCUAAAACUGGAUAUUCAGUUCCAGGUCGUAGCAUAGAAUAAUAUUAAAGCAGAUAUUUUUUCUCCUUGUAUGUAGCUGAUGGGUACAAAUUAGUUUCAACUGGACUUCUGAGCAUCAAGUCAUUAGACUCCCCAGUGAUGCUAUAGCAUCACACUCGGUGUUAACACUCGGGCAGUUUGCAAACCCUUCCAUAACAAUAAAACAGAAUUAAUGCUGCUCUUAUUUUGCUUUGGGAACUCAGUGCUGAUACCGGUAUCCGUGCCGAUACAAUACCGAUUCCAGUAUUGCUAUCGGUAAAAGUUAACUGAUACCAGGAACCGAUACCAAUGCAGUUGCUUGAAAAUGGCUUCACUGUAACUUGUCAUUUCUUUUCACCUAAUAUUUUAGUUUGGUGAUGGUUUCUAUUCAUACAUUUUACUUUUUAUCUACCUCAGUCUUUUCCUGUUGAAAGUAGAGAAGAAAAUAAAAAUUGUAUUCCAAAUUAUUGCAUUCUUUUUGUGUGGUAGAAUUAUCAGUAUCGGUAAUCGGUAUCGGCGAGUACUCUGAUCCAAGUAUCGGCAUCGUAUCGGUUUGGAAAAAAGGAGUAUCGUUGCAUCCCUAUUUGUUUCAUAUCACCUUAUAUCUUUGUUUUAGGUAGGCCCUGUUACUGUUUUGUCUCUCUGUACAGCACUCCUACACUAAAUAAACCGGGUCAGAAACCCCUUUCACUUUUUUUUAUUCUCAUGGAGUUUCUAAGGUUUGAGUCUACAGUUGUUGUGAUUUAGGUUCAUUUGAUAAAGAUUUUUUUAUUCCUUUUGCCGACGGUGUGUUAAAAAUAAAGCCUAUUUUUUACAUGGGGUAGAUGAUUGAUUAGUUUCUUUUAAAACAAAAAAAAUGCUGUUAUUUGAACUCACUUACCCAGUGUUUUGGUGUCUUUAGAGUCUCUGUGCUUUGUUAGCAUUCAUGUGUUCGUUUUGAGCUCACGCAAACUUUAGACGCCAUCAUUGCUGAGCCGCUGCUGGUUUAAGUCUCUGAUACGCAGCUUACAGGUAUUGUUUUACAUUGGAAGAGAACCAGACGUGACAUUGGGUAAAAGCAGCUGCUGAGUCUGAGGUGUGAUGUUGGUUUGCUCGGAGUCCGAGAUCUCGUGUUGGCUUCUCUGCUGCAGCUUCAGCUCUACGUCAGCAUCAGCACAAACAGGCUUUGUUCGCCUCACGCUGACCCUGGUUGGGGCUGUGCGAUAUGACAGAAUGUGUAGAACCAUGAAUAUAUAACCGUGCCGCAAAAUGUUGCAGUGACUAACAUCUGCAGU